AUGAGUUACGCAUACUUAUUUAAGUAUAUCAUCAUAGGUGAUACUGGUGUUGGCAAAUCAUGUCUAUUAUUGCAAUUUACCGACAAACGAUUCCAACCUGUCCAUGACUUAACAAUCGGUGUUGAAUUCGGCGCUCGGAUGAUUACCAUCGAUGGAAAACAAAUCAAAUUACAGAUAUGGGAUACGGCUGGACAGGAAUCAUUCCGUUCGAUUACAAGAUCUUAUUACCGGGGUGCAGCUGGUGCUCUACUAGUCUACGAUAUCACAAGGAGAGAAACAUUUAACCAUUUAACAACUUGGUUAGAAGAUGCUCGACAACAUUCUAAUUCCAAUAUGGUCAUAAUGCUGAUCGGCAAUAAAAGUGAUUUGGAAAGUCGCCGAGACGUCAAAAAAGAAGAAGGCGAAGCAUUUGCACGCGAACACGGUUUAAUCUUUAUGGAAACAUCUGCAAAGACAGCCGCUAACGUAGAAGAGGCAUUCAUUAAUACAGCCAAAGAAAUUUAUCAAAAAAUUCAAGAUGGAGCGUUCGACAUUAACAAUGAGGCAAAUGGCAUUAAACUGGGACCUCAGAAUCCAUCUAACCCAAGUACAUCUGUUCCAGAUCGUCCACCACAAAGUGGCGGUUGCUGUUAA